AUUUAGUGUCGCCUCACUCGCAAGGUACCACUGAACGCCUCCGUUCGAACUCACUACAGGGAGCACUAUGCACAGCUUGUUCAUCGCUACCGUCUUCGGCCUCAUGGCGGCGGCAUGGGCCGCCCCGCAGUUCCCUGUCAACUACGCCUUGCCCUUAGCGGGCAGUUACGGCUUAGCUGGAGCCAGCAGCGACAAGUUGACCUACGACUACACGCGCAACAGCGCAUCCGCAGCCAGCGUUCCCGUGGCCGCCCCCGUGGUCGCACCGCCCGCUCCGGUCGCGGUACUCGCCCCAGCCGGGGCCGCCAACGCCGCCCCCGUCUACGGCUACGGCGUGGCAUCCCCACUGGCUUACGCACCCGUGGGGCACGUGGUCGGUCUCGGCUACGGACGCCUGACGUACGGCCUCGGUAGCUACAACUACGGUCUUCACUCCCUCGGCUAUGGCGGAACGUACAACGAGCACGGCUACGGUUUCUAGACCGCUCAAAAGGCCCCAAGUAUCUGAAUAAAACUUUCAAUCUAUCG